CUCUUCUACGUGAACAGGUGCAUUGUGGGAAGCAGGCUCUGACGCUGUCUGUUUAUUUUUUUUUAUACCAUUUAACACCAGUUGUUUCUCUAUAACGACGCUGAAAUGCAAAACGCAGUGCACAUUAUUAAGUUAGUGAUUUAAAAGAGUAAUUUAGGUGCGCAGCUGUGAGGACGAGCUGAAACAUGGAGGCUGCUGAAGGCAUCAGCGGUGCUACACCCACGGAGGAGAUGAACGGAGCGGGCAAUUUGAUGGAUUUCCUGGAUGAGCCCUUUCCUGACGUGGGCACGUACGAAGACUUCCACACCAUCGACUGGCUGAGGGAGAAAUCCAGAGACACGGAUCGCCACCGCAAGAUCACCAGUAAGAGCAAAGAGUCCAUCUGGGAGCUGAUCAAGAGCCUGCUGGAUGCCUGGUCAGGCUGGGUGGUGAUGCUGCUGAUCGGGCUGCUCUCAGGUACGCUGGCUGGAGUGAUCGACCUGGCGGUGGACUGGAUGACAGACCUGAAGGAGGGCGUGUGUCUGUCGGCCUUCUGGUACAGCCACGAGCAGUGCUGCUGGACGUCCAACGAGACGACUUUCGACGACCGGGACAAGUGUCCUCAGUGGCAGAAGUGGGCCGAGCUGAUGACGGGUCACGCAGAGGGGGCGGGAGCCUACGUGUUGAACUACUUCCUGUACGUGCUGUGGGCUCUGCUGUUCUCCUUCCUGGCCGUGUCACUGGUGCGAGUAUUCGCUCCGUACGCCUGCGGCUCAGGAAUCCCAGAGAUUAAGACGAUCCUCAGUGGCUUCAUCAUCCGCGGCUACCUGGGGAAAUGGACCCUGCUGAUCAAGACGGUCACGCUGGUUCUGGCGGUGUCGUCGGGGCUCAGCCUGGGGAAGGAGGGCCCACUGGUCCACGUGGCCUGCUGCUGCGGAAACCUCUUCUGUAGCCUCUUCUCCAAGUACAGCAAGAACGAGGGCAAGCGCCGCGAGGUACUGUCAGCCGCAGCAGCAGCUGGAGUGUCGGUGGCCUUUGGAGCGCCCAUCGGAGGAGUCCUGUUCAGCCUGGAAGAGGUCAGUUACUACUUCCCUCUGAAGACUCUGUGGCGUUCGUUCUUCGCCGCCCUGGUCGCCGCCUUCACUCUUCGUUCCAUCAACCCGUUCGGUAACAGCCGCCUGGUGCUGUUCUAUGUGGAGUACCACACGCCGUGGUACAUGGCAGAGCUGGUGCCGUUCAUCCUGCUGGGAGUGUUCGGCGGCCUCUGGGGAACCCUUUUCAUCCGCGCCAACAUCGCCUGGUGCCGGCGGAGGAAGACCACCCAGCUGGGAAAGUAUCCGGUCCUGGAGGUCAUCGCCGUGACGGGUAUCACCGCCGUGCUGGCGUUCCCCAACCCGUACACCCGCCGCAGCACAAGCGAGCUCAUCUCCGAGCUCUUCAACGACUGCGGUGCUCUGGAGUCAUCGCAGCUCUGCGACUAUAUAAACAACCCCAACAUGAGCCGGCCGGUGGACGACAUCCCGGACCGCCCGGCGGGGCCCGGCGUCUACAACGCCCUGUGGCAGCUCGCCCUCGCUCUCGUCUUCAAGAUUGUCAUCACCAUCUUCACAUUCGGCAUGAAGAUCCCAUCCGGUCUCUUCAUUCCUAGCAUGGCAGUUGGAGCGAUUGCAGGACGGAUCGUGGGGAUUGCUGUGGAGCAGAUGGCGUACCACCACCACGACUGGAUCAUUUUCAAGAACUGGUGCCGGCCCGGCGCUGACUGCGUCACACCGGGACUGUACGCCAUGGUGGGCGCUGCCGCCUGUCUGGGCGGGGUGACCAGAAUGACCGUCUCCCUGGUGGUCAUCAUGUUCGAGCUCACUGGCGGUUUAGAGUACAUCGUUCCGCUGAUGGCUGCCGCCGUCACCAGCAAGUGGGUGGCGGACGCCUUCGGGAAGGAAGGCAUCUAUGAGUCACACAUCCAGCUCAACGGCUACCCGUACCUGGACGUCAGGGACGAGUUCACGCACCGAACCCUGGCAACGGACGUGAUGCGGCCCCGCAGGAACGACCCCCCGCUGGCCGUCCUCACACAGGACACGACGACGGUGGAGGACGUGGAGACGCUGAUCAAAGACACAGAUUAUAACGGCUUCCCCGUGGUCGUGUCCAGAGAGUCGGAGAGGCUCAUUGGCUUCGUUCAGCGAAGGGACCUCACCCUCGCCAUCAAAAACGCACGUCAGAAGCAGGACGGCGUGGUGAGCAGCUCGGUGGUCUACUUCACCGAGGACGCCCCUCAGCUGCCAGCCAGCAACCCGCAGCCGCUGAAGCUGCGGCGCAUCCUGAACCUCAGCCCCUUCACCGUCACCGACCACACGCCCAUGGAGACGGUCGUGGACAUCUUCCGCAAGCUCGGCCUCCGCCAGUGUCUCGUCACCAGGAGCGGGCGUCUGCUGGGCAUCAUCACCAAGAAGGACGUGCUGCGACACAUGGCUCAGAUGAUGAACCAGGACCCAGAGUCCAUCAUGUUCAACUAGCUCCAUGUUCCUCCUCCUGCUGACAGGCAAGUCCACCCACAGCAGCUCCACCCACAGCAGCUCCACCCACAGCAGCUCCACGCCAGAACAUUUCAACCCUUCUGUAGUGACCCCAACAGCCGGAACAUUUAAACUGCUAUAAAACGUUAUUAGUCCUCGGCUGAUUCAUGGAGUGAAGUCACAUGUUGCCAACAACUUCUAUGUUCAGAGUACCAGACUCUGGUUAGUGUCAGGAUUAUUUAUCAGUGAAUUUAUUAUUAUUUAUUAGUACUUGGGAUAAAAAAAAACCAGACUGAAAGCAGAAUCUGCAGCGUGCGGUGAAGUCGAAGGGUAGAAAAUAAAUUUCAGACUGAUAAUCUACAUGAACACUGAUAUUUAAAGGACAAAUUCAAGGAAUUCUACAUUAUAACAUGGUCUUAUUAAAACAAAUAAUACACAUUGGGUAUAAAUAUAUUGGCUGUUACACUAAAGUUCACACGCUUUACUUCUCUGUCAGUCUCUGUGUUCUCACCAGACUCCAGAGAAAAAAGUGCAGGUUUUAGGCUGUAGAAACGUAUUGAUAUCAUUCAGUUUUUAAGAGCAUUUUUUGGAUACAGUGAUGCUUAAGCAGCCGUUCCACUUGUGAUUAACAUCAUGUUUAUUGGAGGAAGCACGGCUCCAUGUGAACAGGGAUAUAAAUGUAAACUUAAGCUUAGUAGGAAUAAUAUCUUUUCAGAAUAAGGACAAAAACUGAAAUAUUUUGUGCAUGUGAACGAAGCCACAAAAACUGGACGUAUGGAAACUAAUUUCAGUUAAAAAAAAAAAAAAGUCAUGUCUGAAGAUAAAUGAGGAUAAAAGUUCUCUGGGUAUUUAACCCUCUGGUAUCACUGGGGACAUUUCUGACCAAAUUUGUCAUUUUUUCACUUUUUUUGGCAAUAAUUUUGGCUGUGCAUACUGCAUAUGCCAUGAUUUUUGGAAGAAGGGCGGAAGUUGUUAAAGAGGUUUAUGCAGAAAAAAGUAGAGAAAAAUAAUUUGUAAAGUUUUUAUAGCCUUUUUUUGGAAGUGGCCUUAAAGGGUAGUAAAUUUUACAAAUGCAUCAAAAUCAGUUUGGUUCUUAACCUAAGGACUGUGAUGAAAACAAAUGCCCCAGCCAAAAAGUAUAUUAUAUGGAAAAUAACUACCAUUUUGGGUUUUUUCCCCCAAAAACAUCAGUUACAUCAAAUCAAUCAAAAAAAAAAUCAAAAUUACUUUAUUCAUCAUGUAAUCAAACUGCCAUUUAAAGGGUUAAAAUGCCAAAAAUGUUUAAAAAAUGUUUUGAGCAGGCCGGAAGUUGUUUUAGAGGUUUAUGCAGAAAAAAGGAGAAAAAAAUAUUAAUCUGUAAAGUUUUUACAACGUUUUUUUGGAAGUGGACAUUUUUUUCCUUAAUGGCCUUAAAAGGGCAGUAAAUUAAAGUGAUCCCAGAGGGUUAAAAAGACAAAAACUUCAAACAUACUUACUUGAAGGACAUCUUAUUCUGAUUUUUAUUGUGAUGAAAUGUGUGAAAGGGACCAGCGGUGGGAUUUAAUCUGUUUUUAUUUAAGGCUGGCUGCACUUUGUGUUGUGUUAAUAUUUAUUCAUAUUUAUUCAUGUUGAUUUUUCAACCUGUUUCUGUUUAACACUCGUCUUUUGUUAAUUGAAUUGUGUCAAAAGGUUUUGAAUAGCCUGAAAAUGUGAACAAACUGUAAAACAACGUUAUAAACACUGAUGUGUGAUGAUAAAUCAUUAUGGCUCUGAACUCGUGACCUUUCACAAACAGUCAACAGUUUAAAUCUAAAGUUCACACAGUUUAAGAUACAGUUUCACAGUGAAGUGGCUGCAGAAUCGAUCACCUGCAGGAAUUCAUUUCAUGUAAACACUCUGGAGGAGGGACGGGGUUUG